UACGCGCUGCCGAGAAGACGACCCAAAACCAACUCAUCCUCUCCUCUGUCUCCUUCUCUCUUGCGAAGAGCUGCAUCAUGGCCGAUGGGGAGAGGGAUCAGGUGAGGCCCUUGGCACCUGUUUCAGAUCGUGUCAGCAGCGACGAAGAAGAAGCUACCCACUACUCCAAGAAGCUUCGUCAAAAGAGAUGCAUCAAAUGUUGCGGUUUUAUCACCGCCUUAGUCUUGAUACAGGCCGUAACAAUCAUAGUUCUGGCCUUCACCGUGUUUCGCGUUAGAGAUCCUGAAAUCAAGAUGAACGGAGUUACGAUCGACCGCCUGGACCUUGUAAACGGGACGGUGCCCCGCCCCGGCGUCAACAUGUCUCUCACCGCCGAUGUCUCCGUCAAGAAUCCAAACUUUGCUUCGUUCAAGUACGGAAACACCAGCACCACCCUCUACUACCGAGGUACAGUCAUCGGGGAGGCUAGGAAUCCACCUGGGCACGCCAGAGCCCGGCGAACGAUGCGGAUGAAUGUCACGGUGGACGUUAUCACCGAUCGAUUAAUGAAUAAUUCAAACCUACAGAAUGAUAUCAGUUCGAGGAUGCUGACGAUGAGUAGCUACACCAGGAUCGGUGGCCGAGUUAAUAUAUUAAAGUUGGUGAAGCGACAUGUGAACGUCAAGAUGAACUGCACCAUGUCUGUUAACUUAACAAGCCAGGCAAUCCAAGAACAGAAAUGCAAGCGACAUGUGAAACUCUAGGAUCUUCCUCUGCUCAUGUUUUAGUGUAUUAUAAGUGUUUCAGUUGCUUUUGCCCAUAGAUACUUGGACAUAUUUGCACUCUGUAUACUGUAUUGCUGCUACAUAUAUACGAUUAAUUAUAAUGUUCAGAUUUUGGAUAUUAAUUUUUA